CCUCCCCCUUUGCUUUUCUCUCACAGUUCCAAGUAGCCUCUGUCUCGACCCAUCUUCGGAUGUUGCAUCGUUUCACGCGAACGGCUGUUUUUUUUUACUCAGGCAGCCUGCGGGCGUAAGUCCUGCUUUAUCUUCAAUUUCCCCGUGCCCACGGGUCAAAAGUGCGGCCGAGGUCCCUCAUGAAUUUGGGGAAUGCUUUGCAUAACAGCCUAAUUUCUACAGAGAAUUGUGCGUAGCCCAUGAUAGCAGUAGCAAUGUGUGCAAGGAAAGCUAUAAAAGUAUUCAUCCUUUUGGAGAAAUCUGAAAAGAAGGUUCUUUUCUCUCCCUCUCAUUUUCAUUACAAACGAAAACCAAGCAACAUGAGCACCAAUACGCGAUCACCGGUACCUGUAGCAAGCACGAGUACUGAUACAGUGCAAUCUCACCAAUCAUCAGCAAUGGGAACAGGUGCAAGUGGGUUUGGCUAUCAAGACGCAAACACUGGUACAAACGAAUAUAUUUCGAAGAAAGCUGAGCUGGCAAAGCUAAGUGAAGACGAGAUACGGAUUGUACAGCUUUUUCGACCUGGUGCCAUCCGCGAUCCGAGCUAUCGACGGGUAGCGUUAUCAGCCAUCGAAUACAUGAAGGACGUUAAAGAGCAAAUGAUUGACGAGAUCAGACACCAGCCAGACUAUGCUAUGGAGCCUCCCGAUACGGAUGCAGAACAGCUCAACAGCGUACAUUAUUAUAUGGAUGGAAAGCGACAAAAAGUACCACGCAGAAAAAUCGACCAAGCAUUCCUAUUCCGCGCCAGCCCAGAUUCAGUGGUAGCAUCACCCAUUACGGGAGACGAUUCCACUGGCACAAGCCCAUCUGACUCUACCGGCAACCCUCACCGUCACUUUAAUAGCGACCACGCUAUCUCUGACUAUGACGAGUUAAUUCGUAUUGCAAGCGACCCUGCGCGGCAUCGCAGAGCGACAGUCAACAAAUUAAAGGCCCUCGGUUUGGAACCCUUGUUUCAACGAUUACGGCGCAUAGAGAGUAAACCGUCAGUGUUUACGGAGCUGCAGGAUGUCAUGAAGUUUAUACGUGGAUUGGAGCCACCAGCACCUCCAAGACGAUCGACCACGAGUGUAACACAAACAUCUUCACCACCUACCUCAAUGGUUGAAACACACUUCUCAAUAUCAAUGCGACGGCGGAUCCUAGAAGAGAGCAAUAUCAGCGCCAACGAGCUUUCAGAUCAACAUCGUCAACAGUGGAGUAUAUGGGAACGUAAUCUGAUUUGGUUUGUCCAUACCGCCAACACACUUGUGGGCACGUUUCACGGCCACUUGCCCUACCAUUGGUUGAAUCCAGAUUAUCUCAACAGGGAAUGGAGGGACGGCCCUGAGGUCAAAAAGCUUCCUCGGAUACCCACUUUAGAAGAAUUCGACCGAUCCCGCUAUUCAAUUAGUGCGUUUCCUCGUAUCAAAUACGGCAUCAAGGUCAUCGGUAAAGAAGUAUCUCUGCAGGUGCUGUCACUUACGGAUUUCCGCUAUCGUAUCGAAGACAUGAACCAGGCGGAAAAUCAUGUUAUGUGGAACUAUUAUCGGGAUAGCAUCCUUAAACUGUCCAAGCUUAUUCCCAACAAGCGAUCAUUUGAUGUUGCCAUUGACGUAGGAAUGAUCCCUGAAGAUAUGAAGAGCAUGGUGGACUUUACAUGGUGGACCACCAACGUGAUCAAGUUUGGAAGGGAUGUUGAGCGAAGCAUAAAAGUGUUCGACUCUAAUAAUAGCGGCAUUAGCGUUGGCAAUAGCAGUGGAGCAGGAGGAGCAGGGAUUGUCAUUGGCAAAGACACAUAUGACUUGUUCGACGACCUUCACAAGGAAUAUUACAGUUUUGUCAAAACAGUGCGACGGGAUACGGGCGAGCAACUCAAGUACAAUCCGGUACAAUUUAUUCUCAAUAUAAUCAUGGCUAUCUUGACGCUCGCAGGUGUCGUUUUUGCAAUUACUGGAAUCAUUCAAGUGCUUCAAGGAUUUUGUGCUUUCGGAGAUCAAUACUGCUAAUUUAUAUCGUACAUACACUGUAUACUGCUGUUCACCUUUUCUUAUUCU